CACGCUAUUCACCCCCCCUCUAGUGUUGGUCUUUUAUUCUAACAAUUGGUAUCAGAGCCUAACUCGCGUCCAAACUUAACCGUUUGAGAGAAAAGCGAUCAUGGGUUCUUCUUCUAGAAAUCUUUAUGCAGGGAUUGGAGAAGGUCAAUCAACCUCUAGGCCACCACUCUUCGAUGGCACCAACUACACAUAUUGGAAAGAGCGGAUGAGAAUUUAUAUCCGCUCAACCAACUUCCAGUUGUGGUUGGCCAUCAAGAAUGGCAAAGAAAAGCCAAUGAAAAAGGUUGGUGAAGAACUCGUCCCAAAGACCGAGGACGAAUUUGAUGCCGAAGACAUCAAAAAGGUAGAGAACUACUCUAAGGCAAUCAAUAUGAUUUACUGCGCAGUCAACCCCGAUGAUUAUCGCAAGAUCUCUUGCUGCACAACCGCCAAAGAAAUGUGGGACAAGCUGGAGGUCACAUACGAAGGUACAGACCAAGUUCGGGAAGCCAAAAUUGACUUCCUCACGCAGGAGUCUGAGAUGUUUAGGAUGAAGGAAGGCGAAAAGAUCGAUGACAUGUUUGAUCGGUUCUCAAAGAUCAUCAACGACCUUCAUGCUCUCAAGAAGACUUACGCCAACAAGGAUCUCGUGAGAAAAAUCCUGCGGAGUCUCACACCCGAAUGGAGAUCAAAGGCCGACGCAAUCUACGAAUCCAUCGGAGUAUCCAACGUCACCAUCGAAGGGUUAAGAGGUAACCUCAAAACCUAUGAAUCCACUAUUUUAACCCCGUCUUUGGAUGAACAAAAGAAGAAAGGUAUAGCACUCAAAGCGACCAAGGAAACGGUGGAAGAAGUCUCAAGCCACAUCAAGCCGAGGUGUCCAAGAGGCAAAAAUGUCAAGGACAAACCCGGCUUCAAAAAGCAAAGAGCGUAUAUCUCGUGGGGUGGCGACUCCGGCGACGAGUCAACCAACCAAGAGGAGGAUGAAGCCGCCAACCUCUGUCUCAUGGCACACGAAGACCAACCCGACGAUAUACAAGAGGGACGGUUCGAGGUGAAGGAAUUCGGAAGUCAGGGGGAACCCAGCGAUGGGUGGGUUCAUACCAUCGCUGGGAGGGAAGUUUCCUUUCUUCCAGAACUCCUCUUCCCAUUGAUGGGAACCUUCUCCCAUCGUUGGAUCCUCAACAACGAGGCGGUCGUCAUUCGCAAGCUUGGGAUCACCAACUUGAUCUACCACAGCGGCGCACCGACGAUACACUCGGCCCCGCCGGAGAAGCGGCUUCUUCUCUACAUCCUCACCCGGAUCCUCCGCCCCCGGGAUGGUAGCCACACCUCAUUCUUCAACGAGGACUUGAAGGCUAUUCACGCCAUCAUGCACGGAACCUCCAUCAAUUGGGCGAAAUUCGUCAUGAUUCACAUGACGAAUUGCGCUUCCCUCGCCAACGAGAGGAGCUUACCGUAUGCCUUCCUCGUUGUGGACCUCAUCAUCCCCGCCGACAUCCACAUCGCCGGGCCAAGUACGAAGAUGACGAAGCUCUGGGUCAUCGCCGACAACACCUUCAAGAAGAAGUCCGGAACCCGAGACGGCGCCGGACCGAGUCGUGCCCGUGCCCCUGCCCCUACCCCCGCUCCCGUCGGGGCCUCGUUGCAGUCCAUAGCCGACACCCUGAAUCGGCUAACCCUCAUGGUAGACGACAUGGGGCAGUACAUGGAGCGGAUGGACUGGACGCUGCAACGUCAACACCACGACAUGACAGCGUUCUUCCGCGGCAUCAACUACGUCUUGCCGCCCUUUGAUAGCACCAUCCUCGGCCAAAACUUUGAAGGCGAGGAUGAGGACAAUGACUCCUAUGCUCCGUCCUCCUCUCCUGGCAAGGCCGACUUUAAAGAUGCGGUCGACGGCGAUCCCAUGGACGUCGAGGACGACGAGGAUGACGACGAAGACGAGGACGCCGACUCCUAGACUCUCUUUUCUUUUCUUUUAAUAUGAUUGUAUUUUUUUUAAUUUCUAUUCUGUUGUAUUCUGCAUUUCCCUUUUAAUGAAUAAAAGUUUACUUUUAAU